GUGUGUGUGCCAAGACAGAGAGAGGGGCAGAGGGAGGCGGGCACGCCCAAACGAUGGUGUUGAAUGACGCCCGUCUGUUGCUUCUUGUGUUUAUCGGUGCGUCCUGCGAUUGGCGGAGGACAGGGAAAGGUACCCAUCGCUGGCGCGCCGUGGGCGGGUGGAAGGCCUGUUUAUAAACCCAGAUCUUUCCUCGUGGGCGGGAACAGCAACAGUAGAGAGUGAAAGUGAAGCGAAGGAGGAGAGUGAGAGAGACGGUGGAGGAGACGAGGCUGCGGCGGCGGUGGUUGACCGGGGUUCGCAGAGGGGGCGAGGCGGACGCCCCUGUAUGCGUAUUCAGCCGCGCAUGGACGACCACCUCAGCCUCCUGCAAUCACCCCCGCCGAGCGUAACCAAAACCCGGGGCGACAAUCUGGUGAACCACGGAUACACAGAGACAGAGGCCGACGUGAUGACGGUUGUGGCGUGUGACAACAUGCUAGAAGAGUCGGCGGCUCUCCCGGGCCACCACUCUCUGGACCGAUAUGAACCGGACCACGAAUGCUGCGAGAGGGUUGUCAUCAACAUCUCAGGGUUACGCUUCGAGACGCAGCUCAAGACUCUGUCCCAGUUUCCAGAGACGCUGCUGGGAGACCCCAAGAAGAGGAUGAGGUACUUUGACCCCCUCAGGAACGAGUACUUUUUCGAUCGGAACCGACCCAGCUUUGAUGCCAUUCUGUAUUACUACCAGUCUGGUGGGCGCAUCAGAAGACCCGUUAAUGUGCCCAUUGACAUUUUCUCUGAGGAGAUCCGGUUCUAUGAACUGGGUGAGGAAGCUAUGGAGAAGUUCAGGGAGGAUGAGGGCUUUAUAAAAGAGGAGGAGCGGCCGUUGCCAGAGAAUGAAUUUCAAAGACAGGUGUGGCUGCUUUUUGAAUACCCAGAGAGCUCGGGUCCCGCACGGGGCAUAGCGAUAGUGUCUGUCCUGGUCAUUCUCAUCUCCAUUGUCAUCUUCUGCUUAGAGACAUUGCCGGAGUUCAGGGACGACAACAGGGAUCCGAUCACCAUUGCGCCUGUGAUAAAUGGCACGCUCCCAUAUUUCGUCAGCCCCUUCUCAGACCCGUUCUUUGUUGUGGAGACGUUGUGUAUCAUCUGGUUCUCCUUCGAGCUGCUGGUGCGCUUCUUUGCAUGCCCGAGUAAAGCCACGUUCUCCAAAAACAUCAUGAACAUUAUUGACAUUGUGGCCAUCAUCCCUUAUUUCAUCACCCUGGGCACAGAGCUGGCAGAGAGGCAGGGAAACGGACAGCAGGCCAUGUCAUUAGCCAUCCUGCGCGUAAUUAGGCUCGUUCGGGUGUUUCGCAUCUUCAAACUCUCGCGUCACUCAAAGGGGCUUCAGAUUUUAGGACAGACUCUGAAAGCCAGUAUGCGUGAGCUUGGCCUGCUUAUCUUCUUCCUCUUCAUCGGUGUUAUCCUCUUCUCCAGCGCUGUGUACUUUGCUGAGGCAGACGACCCAGAUUCGGGGUUCAACAGCAUCCCGGACGCUUUCUGGUGGGCUGUUGUCACCAUGACUACUGUGGGUUAUGGGGACAUGCACCCCGUGACAAUCGGGGGAAAGAUUGUGGGGUCUCUGUGCGCCAUCGCCGGUGUGUUGACCAUUGCUUUGCCUGUACCCGUCAUCGUCUCCAAUUUCAACUACUUCUACCACAGAGAGACGGAGGGCGAGGAGCAGGCACAGUACCUGCACGUGGGGAGCUGUCAGCCUCUUGCAGACACAGAGGAGUUGAGGAAGACGCGCUCCUCAUCCUCACUCAGCAAGAGCGAGUAUAUGGUGAUAGAGGAGCACGGGAUCAACAGCGCGUUCAAACAGCAGCCCAACUUUCCCACAACAACACAAAACAACUCGCAGAAUUGUGUGAAUAUAAACAAAAAGAUUUUCACCGACGUGUAGCAAAUUUAAUAGUCAUGGCCCUGAACACAGGAGGGGGUGGUGUGUCAACACACAGCUGGUUCUGUCGUUGCGCACCAGCGUGUUGAAGCAGCGGUAGAUCAGAUGAAGAAAGGAAGGAAUAAAGAGAGAGAGAGAGAGAGGAAACCCUGUCUGUUCAGACACGCUGCUUUGUGCUCCAUUCAAAGAAUCAGGAUUUUUUUUUCAUUUCAGUGAAUCUGAAUUCAUAAUUCAUCUGAAUUCAUAAUUCUGUUUGGUUCCAUUCGCGCUUGGAGAGAAAGAGCUCCUUAAAUUAUCAUUAGCCCUACUAUUUCUUCUCUGAGCGAGGAGAUUGACCUGUUGUGCAUUGUGCAAUAGCCAAUAUAUCACCACAGCAGGUAGUAAUAGAAGCUUUAUAACUGUGAAAGAUGAGUAGAAAUGUAUACUACUCGAAGGACACUCACAUUGUAUUAAACAUGCGUUAUGAGUCGUGAUUCGUCAGUCAUAGCCUAUGUAUAAUAUUCAGUCAUUUAAUUAUGUGUGAGUGUUUAAACACAUGUGAUGUCUGAAAACACAGUUCUGCAUAUAUUAUUCAAUUAGACCGUUCUGUGAUAUGCCUUUAUUGUGCGUUAAAGUCUAGUCCAAAUGCUACUGUCUUUAAAAAAAAUAAUCCCAUAUAAUUCCUUGAUAUGAACUGUCCUGGUAGGCUAUGUAAUGCGUAAACGGCACCAUAUAAACACAGGGGCCAGCCGACUCUUAGUAUCUCAUUAUCGGUGCGAGACCCACGUGAGAGAGGAAAACACAGCGCUCUUACAGACACACACACACACACACACACACACACACACAGCGAUCAAAGAUGGAGCGUGCUUCUCUUUGGAUGCCUCAAAUAGAGCCCGCUGUGAUGCAGUCUCCAUGGUGACGGUCGUUUCCUCGGUAACCCCGGUCACCGUUGCCAUGGCAUCCGUGUUUCCACAGUAACCUCCCAGAUGGCUUGAAAGCUAUAUUAAAGAUUCUCAUCUAAAUAGCUCGUCUUCGGUCUCUAAUAAGACUGUUAAGUCAUCACGCUUCGCGUGCGUAAAAUACAAGCCCAAACAUGCCCAGCGCCACUAUCGCCAAUCAACAAGCUCGCUCAAUGACUUUAACAUUGACACAAAAACAAAUUGGAGUAUGAAGGUCUGUUUACAAAACAACCCCCACGAACUGAAAAUGAACCAGGCACCACUUAGAGAGGUGAUAAGCUGGGAGAGGCAGAAGGAGAGGGAGCGCGUGAGGAAUUAUGAAUGGACUGGGAGCACAUUGUGUCUGGCUGUCUGGAGUGCGCUACUGCGGGCGCUCAGCAGAGGCUGCUGUUCUCCCACUGAUGAACCUGGUUGAAAUUGUUCCAUUUUUCUGCACAUAUCUCCUGGAACCAUUGAUUACCCCAAUUAGACUGCCUCCCAUUUAG